UAUCUCUCCCUUUCUUCAUCUCUAUCUAUCACCCCGUCUCUCAGGUGGAGGGUCAGAGUGUGUUUUCAUUAGUGUAUGUCUCUAUACGGCUCCUGGGAGUGUGAGAGAGUGGUAGUCAUGGAUUUCGCUCUUCACCUCUCCACUCUGCUCUCUGUUCUCACCCACUGCUCAGGUAAGACAUUUGAGGUUGGUGUGGUUGUGUAUUUCUAUAAAUGAUCAGGACUUGAAUAGCAAAAAGACUAAAGACUUCAGUUACACAGUACGGUGUUGAAGUUUGAUACCUUGAUUACUACUGUAUGGUAAUUGUACUGUAUGUCAAUAUCCCACACAUCUAUACAAAAUCUAACUGUAGCUGAUACUGUCUAAAUAAAUAUUUCUGAUCCUCAUAAUCUGGGAAAGCUGUGGUCUGUUUGACGGUCUGUCUGUCUACCUGCCUGUCUCUCUGCCUGCAUGCUUGUCUGCCUGCCUCUCUGUCUGUCUGCUUUCCUGUCCACUUAUCUAUCCAUCCAUCCAUCUAUCCAUCCAUCCAUCCAUCCAUCCAUCCAUCCAUCCAUCCAUCUAUCUAUCUAUCUAUCUAUCUAUCUUUCUUAUCUAUCGAUGAUGGUGCCAAGAGUCUCAGGUGUGACCGGAGGAAAUAACAGUUUUGGCCGUUCUUUCUAACAGGAGAGCUUUAUUAAAGCCACAAUACUCCCUCGGCCAUUACUGCACUGCUUCCUCUAAUUGUCCUCUUUGUGUGCAUCCCAAAUGGCACCCUAUUCACUAUAGGCCCAUAGGGCUCUGGUCAAAUGUAGUGCACUAUUUAGGGAAUAGAGUGCCAUUUGGGACGCAGCCUUGGUCAUUACGGUUAUUAACUUCUAAUGGUCCCGUGAUUAUUCCUAGUGUUUGUGUAACCUCUGAUGUGUCCUCAGUUUGUGUUUCUGCCACCUAUUCAUGCAGAGCUCCAUUGAUUCUCAUUAAUGCUGAAAUAUCAAUCAUUACUUUGUCACUGGUUAAAGGUCCAAUGCAGCCAUUUUGAUCUCAAUAUCAAAUCAUUUCUCCAUCCCACCAAAACAGGCUUAAAUUUCAGGCAGUCUUUUCAAACAGCUCUUACAUUAAAAAGGGCACUAUCAUAAUUUUCACAGUAUUACUCAUAGUGUGAAAGUAUAUAUAAAACAGUUUUUGACUGCACCGGGCCUUUAACCUGAUCCAUCUCGGACAUCCGGUUGUAUUGUCCCUGAAUAAUAUCAUGAAGCUCCUAUCCUAUCAGUCACACUUUGUAAGGCACUUCUCACAGAAUAUUCAAUCAUAUAGAGUUUACAGAAGUUCUGUGGUCAAUUUAAUUUUCUCCUGCAGCCACAUCAACUCUAUUGUUUGUUGACAUGCCAGACAUACAUACAUACUGCCGGAAUGGCAGAGAAAUAUUUUGAAUUAGUGCGGAGGUGAAAUAGGGUCAGACUCAGUAAUAUGAGAUCUCACCAUCAUCUCAUUAUGAUCAUGAUCUCUGUGUGUGUGUGUGUGUGUGUGUGUGUGUGUCUGUGUGCAGGUCAGGCCGUAGGCUUGCUGACUAUUCUGUGGGUAUUAGAGCGUGGUAAAGUCAGAUAAAUGAAUAAUAGUCUCAGUUAAUAACUAGAGAAAACAGGGAGUGUGUGUGUGCGCGCAUGUGUGCCCUUUGGAGCUUUACUGAGUGCACUUCUCUUCCAGCUCAGUGGUGUUACAAGAGCCAGUACUCCUGUGACAACACAUGCAGAGGUAAAAUAACCCGUACACACACACACACACAUCUUAUCUUCUCUCCACAUGGGAGUUCACCUCAAAACUCCUCACCUACCACUUUCUCAGCACUGAUCUAAAUUCAGCACCAUACGAUAUACACUCACCGGUCAGUUUAUUAGGUACACCACCCGUUCUCAAGAAUGGAUCACUCCUACAGACAGUGAGUCACGUCGCUGUGGCUUGCUAUAUAAAGCAGACAGGCAUUGAGGCAUUCAGUUACUGUUCGAUUGAACGUUAGAAUGGGCAAAACGAGUGACAGGCGCGCCGGAUCCAGUAUCUCAGAAACGGCUGUCCUCCUGGGCUUUUCAUGUGCGACAGUGUCUAGGGUUUACCGAGAAUGGUGCGACAUGACAAAAAACCUACAGUAAGUGGCAGUCUUGUGGGCGAAAAACAGUUUGUUGAUGAGAGGUCGAAAGAGAAUGGCAAGAAUCGUGCAAGCUAACAGUCGUGCCACAAACAGUCAAAUAACGGCGCAGUACAACAGUGGUGUGCAGAGCGGCUUCUCGGAAUGCAGAACUCGUCGGUCCUUGUCACGGAUGGGCUAUAGCAGCAGAUGACCACACCAGGUUCCACUCCUAUCAGAUAAAAACAAGAAGAAGCGGCUCCAGUGGGCACGCGAUCACCAACACUGGACAAUUGAGGAGUGGGAAAACAUUGCCUGGUCCGACCAAUCCAGGUUCCUGUUGUGUCAUGCUGAUGACAGUCAGGAUUUGGCGUAAGCAGCAUGAUUCCAUGGACCCAUCCUGCCUGGUGUCAACAGUACAGGCUGGUGGCGGUGGUGUAGGGAAUGUUUUCCUGGCACACGUCCCUUGAUACCAAUUAAGGAACGAACGUUUACGACACCUUGUAGAAUCCAUGCCCCGAAUAAUUCAGGCUGUUCUGGAGGCAAAGGAAGUCCGACCUGGUACUAGAUAAACCGAAUAAACUGGCCGGUGAGGGUAUAUCACCAUAUUGUAUCGUCACCAUCAUCACCUUACGAUAUACCCUCACCAUCUCACACCACACUGAAUACUUUCUGUUGCUGAACCAAUACCCACUAUAUACAAAAGGAAACUAAACUGAGUUGUGUUGUAUUGUUUCAGACCCUAGUCGGUGGCCAGGCCUGUUCCCUGACUGUGGCGGUCUGCGUCAGUCUCCCAUAAACAUUGUGACAAACCAUGUCCAGGCCAACCACUCCCUGUCACCUUUGACCUUCUACGGUCAUCACAACAUUCUCAACAUCACUGUUGAGAACAUGGGGCAUUCUGGUUAGAACUCUCAGAACCUCUCUUCUAAAUCUAGAAUGUUCUUUAUACCAUCAUGACCUCUGAUCCCAGUAUUGAAUGUUCUUGAACUCUAGACCUUUUUACAGUAUCCUGGAAUGGUCUCCAAACAUUAUAUCCUCACUGCCAGAACACCCUAGAAAAUACUCCAAGAAUGUAACCUAGUUUAUAAUUAAUGUCUGUCAUUAAAAAUGUUAUUGCCAAUAGUUGUAAAACUAAGAGGUUAGAGUAUUGUGCUCCUCCAGUGACCCUGGAUCAGCUCUUCCUGCUAAAUAUCAUUCACAGAAAUGACGACGGCACGGAAUACAGAAAUCUGACACUAGACUGGCUCUCUCUGUCCUCCUCCAGCCCACUUCUCCCUGCCUUCGUCGGUGCAGGUCAGUGGAGGGGGUCUGGCAGGUCGGUACCGGGCCAUUCAGUUCCACCUGCACUGGGGUGUGGACGCUGGGCCUGGGUCCGAACACACUGUUGACGGAGAACACUAUCCCAUGGAGGUAAACCCUGAGGCGGGGAAUAACCAUGUGGUACUAUUACAACAUCUAUUCUGUCUCCCUGUCGAUUCUCUUCUCUAUCUUUCCCUCUCUCUCUCUAGUUGCACAUUGUUCACAUCAAGGAGCCAUACAGUAGUCUAGAGGAGGCUGAGCAUGACAAAUCUGGUAUAGCGCUGCUCGCCUUCCUGUUCGAGGUACUGAUCAGCCACUUAACUCAUACAAAUUCCAAUUCAAAUCCAGUGGCAAAUUCAACACAUUUCUCUAAUAUCAGUGUUGUGUUGUUCCAAGGAGUCCAAUGAUGAUCACCAUCACUACAACUCUCUUAUAGAAGCCCUGGGAAGAGUUCAGAAUAACGGUAAGAGUAACUCGACAUACCAUUUUCACACUAUCCUACCAAUCUGAACCAGCAAGGUUCCAGCAACUAUGGUACUACCAGUACAGUUUAGUUCAGCUGGGCUAGGCUUAGAAGUGUGAAAAGGGUAUUAGAGCCAUACAGUGUAUUCUCCCCUCUCCUCUCUCCUCUCCCCUCACCCUUCCCUCUACAGGGAAUCAAAGCACAGUCCCAGGGUUCCGACUCUGUGACAUCAUUCCCCCCUCACAUGAUCUGCAUGACUACUAUCGAUACGUGGGCUCCAUGACGACACCAGGCUGUGAGCAAGCGGUUGUUUGGACGCUGUUCCACAGGACCAUCCCUGUCAGCAACAGACAGGUAGGGGGUAAAAGUGACUGGGGUUAGAGGUCACUGGGGUUAGGCUCAGGGUCAGAGUGGGGUCUUUCAGAGAUGCUGACUACAUGAGGUCAGCAGAAAUCCUGACCCUUUCUCUCCUCCCACCAUGAUUCCUUCCCUUCUCAUCUCCUCUCUAGCUGGUGUCAGUAGCUCAGCAGGCUCAGUUCUGGACGGGUCAGCCCAUGACAGGGAUCUUCCGGCCCGUCCAGCCUCUGAACGGCAGAACUGUGUACCGGUCGGCAACCAGCCCUGUCCAGCCUGGUCUCAUCACUGUGUGGCUGUAUGUUCUUCAGUCUGUACUGGGGAGGGCACUGGCGUAAAGUACUUAAGUAAAAAUGCUUAGUUUGUAAAGAUGUUGGAGUGUGCCCCUGGCUAGCCGUAAAUAAAUAAAAAAUAAAAUAA